AUGACUCUGGAUUCCACAGAAUCCCUGUUCAAGGGCCUGACAGCAUGGGUUAAUUCUACUACUCCCCCUUCUCCAUCCAGAGAGGACAGAGCAGCAGUCUGCCAGUCAGAAGAGUACACCUCUGCGCUUACCUACGAUAGGGCGAAGGUAAUGGCUGAGGCUUUCCAGUGCCUGCGGAGGCAGAGAAUUGAUAUAUUCCGCUGGGGGAAUGCUGGGGACUGCCUGGUUAACCCAGCUGUGCCCUGGGGCAAGAGGAUCGACAUCCAGAGAGCUCUGUAGCAGGUACGGUUUGAAGGCUUGACAGGAAACGUGCAGUUUAAUGAGAAAGGCCGCCCGACCAACUACACCCUCCAUGUGAUUGAAAUGAAGCAUGAUGGCAUCCGAAAGAUUGGUUACUGGAGUGAAGAUGAUAAGUUUGUCCCUGCAGCCACUGAUGCUCAAGCCGGUGGGGAUAACUCAAGUGUCCAGAAUCGAACAUACAUCGUCACUACGAUCCUCGAAGACCCUUAUGUGAUGCUCAAGAAGAAUGCCAACCAGUUUGAGGGCAACGACCGCUACGAGGGCUACUGUGUGGAGCUGGCAGCAGAGAUUGCCAAGCACGUGGGUUAUUCCUACCGUCUGGAGAUCGUCAGUGAUGGAAAAUAUGGAGCCCGUGACCCUGACACCAAGGCCUGGAAUGGCAUGGUGGGGGAGCUGGUCUACGGAAGAGCAGAUGUGGCUGUGGCCCCUUUAACCAUCACCUUGGUCCGGGAAGAGGUGAUAGACUUCUCCAAGCCAUUUAUGAGUUUGGGGAUUUCCAUCAUGAUAAAAAAGCCACAGAAGUCCAAGCCCGGGGUCUUCUCCUUCCUUGACCCUUUGGCUUAUGAAAUUUGGAUGUGCAUCGUCUUUGCCUACAUCGGAGUGAGUGUCGUCCUUUUCCUGGUCAGCCGCUUCAGCCCCUAUGAAUGGCACAGUGAAGAGUUUGAGGAAGGGCGGGACCAGACGACCAGUGACCAGUCCAAUGAGUUUGGGAUAUUCAACAGCUUGUGGUUCUCCCUGGGAGCCUUCAUGCAACAAGGAUGUGACAUUUCUCCCAGGUCCCUGUCCGGCCGCAUCGUUGGUGGCGUCUGGUGGUUCUUCACCUUGAUCAUCAUCUCCUCAUACACGGCCAACCUGGCUGCCUUCCUGACCGUGGAGAGAAUGGUGUCUCCCAUUGAGAGUGCCGAAGACCUAGCAAAGCAGACAGAAAUCGCUUAUGGGACACUGGAAGCAGGAUCCACUAAGGAGUUCUUCAGGAGGUCUAAAAUUGCUGUAUUUGAGAAGAUGUGGACAUACAUGAAGUCAGCAGAGCCAUCAGUUUUUGUGCGGACCACAGAGGAGGGGAUGAUCCGAGUGAGAAAAUCCAAAGGCAAAUACGCCUACCUUCUGGAGUCCACCAUGAACGAGUACAUUGAGCAGCGGAAACCCUGUGACACCAUGAAGGUGGGAGGUAACUUGGAUUCCAAAGGCUAUGGCAUCGCGACACCCAAGGGGUCUGCCCUGAGAAAUCCAGUAAACCUGGCAGUGUUAAAACUGAACGAGCAGGGGCUUUUGGACAAAUUGAAAAACAAAUGGUGGUACGACAAGGGCGAGUGCGGCAGCGGGGGAGGUGAUUCCAAGGACAAGACAAGCGCUCUGAGCCUCAGCAAUGUGGCGGGCGUGUUCUACAUCCUGAUUGGAGGACUUGGACUAGCCAUGCUGGUUGCCUUAAUCGAGUUCUGCUACAAAUCCCGUAGUGAAUCCAAGCGGAUGAAGGGUUUCUGUUUGAUCCCACAGCAAUCCAUCAACGAAGCCAUACGGACAUCGACACUCCCCCGAAACAGUGGGGCAGGAGCCAGUGGUGGCGGUAGUGGAGAGAACGGCCGGGUGGUCAGCCAUGACUUCUCCAAGUCCAUGCAAUCGAUUCCCUGCAUGAGCCACAGUUCAGGGAUGCCCUUGGGAGCCACAGGAUUAUAACUGCAGCAGACGGAGCCCCCUUGGGGAGCAUGUUCAGGCUCCCCAGUUCCAUCCCAAACCCUUCAGUGCCAAAAACAACAACAUUGAAACGCAGCCGCCACCAACCACCAUGACCACGAGGAGGAGGAUUCAACAGAUUUUCUGAGAGAAUCAAGAAACUACUUUGCUGCCCCUUUUCCCUUCCUGAUGCUCUUUCACCUUUCUCUGUUUGCUAAGUGAGGAUGACAAAUAACACUGUACUGCAAUAAGGGGAAAUAACCCUGUCUAAUAGAACCUGUGUCUCUGAAAAUGGAGUCACUAGAACACUAACGAGAAAACUGUACUGUUUUCUUUCAAUUCGGUUAACAUGUCUUAGUGUGUGCAAUAUUUUUUUCUUACUAAUAUCCAUGGUUUGCAAGUUCUGUUAGGCCCCUUCCUUUUCCUUACUUACUCCUUAUCCCCAACUUCCUACCCAUCCCUCUUUAGUUUUCAGAUUGGAGAUUCAAGAUUUGUUCCACCUACAAGCAAGCAACAGGGAAAAGGUAACCUUCGACCUAAUCCGCCACAGGAGCUCUCCAAGUCACCCUCUGCUCCUCUGCCCCAAGCCAUGGAUGAGGAUGGACACUUGUUGGAGUGGACUGCCUGCACCGGACAGGGCACUGCCUAGGCACUAAUUUAGUUAAGAGCAUGUAUGAGAAGCAGCUCAGAGGGUGGUGGAGAGGGCAAAGGCAGGUGUGCAUCCAGAGGACACGUAAAGUUAUUGCUGGAGGCUCAGAUAAAGCUUCCUUGAUGUGUAACAGCCAACCUUUAGGCCUUAGGUGGAAUGGCAUGUUUCUUUACAGAGUCACCCUCAGCCCUCGGAAUUAUGGCCUUUCACUACCCUCAAGCCCAAAGGUACUCCAGUGGCUGAAGGACUAUUGGCCUCCUGAACCAAGUAGAGCCUUGGGAAUAGCUGACAGCCAGGGACCAUGAUUCUCACUCAUCAUUUGCUUGACAUCUGAGCAGGAACCCCAUUGUGGAGUAGACUCUCUUCAGAGCCUCUGAAAUGGGGGGAAAUGCUAUGCAAGCUAAGUACAAAAGAAAGGUGAUGGGAGAAUUUUAGAAGAGUAAGCUUCGGCAAAGCCCACGGAGCAAUAGAACCUUCCUUGGUGUACCCUGUCCUAGGACUGAGAGACCAAAUGUGAAGCUUACAGUUUUGCUGACCUGGAAUACUUGGGUUUUUAUGUCCAUACAAAAGUGUUGUUUUAGCACAUGGCCAGAUAAUGUUCAGUCGUCUUUACAAAGUAAAAUGCUGGAGGCUCACUUAUUUGAAGGAGGAUAGGGAGAUUAAGUUGAUAAUGACAUUGAGGAACCUUCAGAUCCCUGAGCCCAACUUGCAACCCAAGGAGGCUGAUCCUCUCCCUGGCUAAAACAGAAUGAAGAUUUUGUCCUAAUGACUAGAGUUAAUAUACCCAUGAUUGCAACUACAGUGCUGAACUAAAGCAAGAUUGGAGAAGUGACAGGGUUCACGGAGAGAAGUGACUGCAACUUUGGUUGGGGGUGGGGGGUUCCUGGCACAUAGCUUUCUUGGAGAUACCAACUCUCAUUCUUGGUGCAAUUGGCUUCUAGCUGUCCAGCAGCCACUCUCCUAGGUGCAUGAUCCAGUAUGUGCCAUGUGUCAUUAGCUUUUAUUGAUAACCAUGUUCUGGCUUAUUCUCUCACCCCCUACUUCUAUCCAGUCUUCUCUGCUAGGGUUAUCAUUAGCAAGUGACAAACUAAAGGUUUGGGAGCCUACCUACAAGUAGGUACAGCA